GACACUUACUUUGGUGUCAUUUACCCUGUCGAAAACGCUGCGGAUGAAGAAAUCCCACCAAAGAUAAGCAAGGUAGUUCUGUUUCCCCCUAGGAGCCGCAGAGCAUCGGGCAGGAGGAAGGAAAUACGCUACCCAUCCACUGGAGAGAUACCUAGCUUCGAAUUGCUUUCAGGUCUCCAGAGUGAAGAAACUGAUCCCCAACCAAUGAACAAAGUGUUUACAACCAGGAAACAACCGCAGUACAUGCCCUAA